AUGGAAGAUCGUAAGCUCAAUGCCAUAUUCCUCCCACAUUUCGCUCCAAGCCAUAUCAUCCCAAUUGUUGACGUUGCCCGGCUAUUCGCUGGCCGCGGCGUCACCGUCACCAUCGUCACCACCCCAAACAAUGCCCUUCUCUUCCGAGACUCCGUCAACCACGACGCCGCCUUGGGCCACAAUAUGUUGAUUCACAUUAUCAAAUUACCCUCGGCCCAAGUCGGCCUUCCUGAAGGUAUCGAAAACUUCGGCCAGUGUACUACCCCAGAACUUUUGGAAAAACUCUACAACGCUGUCGCAUUGCUGCAGAAACCGUACGAAAAGUUCAUUCGCGAUAGUCGGCCUGACUGCAUCAUCUCCGACAUGUUCUUUCCUUGGAGUGUCGACCUCGCUGACGAGCUUCAAGUUCCCAGGGUCAUCUUCUACCCUUCCAAUAAUUUCUUUCACUCCGUUUCGCAUAGCUUGAGACUUUAUGCUCCUCACCAGGAGAUACAGUCUGACUCGGAGGAUUUCUUGAUUCCGGGUCUUCCCGAUGAGAUUCGCAUGGCGAGGUCUGAAUUACAGGACCAUGUCAAGGCCAAAACCAUGUACGGAGUUUUGAUUAACUUAAUCAAACAAACAGAGAGUCGCAGCUACGGUAUCAUUCUCAACACUUGCCAUGAUAUCGAGCCUGCUUAUUCGGAUCACUUCAAGAAGGUGUCCGGGAGAAAAUGUUGGAACUUGGGCCCUCUAUCUCUCUUUGCCGACAGAAACAAUGUUGGCAAAGAAAACAACUCCAGUACUGAAGAGAAACACAGUUGUUUGAGUUGGCUCGACACUCAAAAGCCCAACUCAGUCCUCUACGUUUGUUUCGGUAGCAUGGCACAAUUCUCCGACGCUCAACUCACCCAGAUGGCGUUAGCUUUCGAAGCUUCUGGGCACUCUUAA